AUGGCGAAGCGGGGGCUGUCGGGGGGCGCCUGGGGGGCUCUGGUGCUGCUGGGGCUGAUGCUGCCGGCAGCCCCGACGUGGGCUUGGUACAAACACGUCGCCAGCCCCCGGUACCACACGGUGGGACGAGCUUCGGGGCUGCUCAUGGGGGUCCGGCGCUCCCCUUACCUCUGGCGUCGGGACUUACCGGCAGAGCGCCCCGCGAACCGGCCCGGGGCAGCCGCUCCCGCAGCCGCCGCUGCCCCCCAGCCGCCCCCCGCCCGCCCCGCCGGGGACACUCCGCUGCCUCCGCCUGCUCCCGGUCGCCUCCUGCAGAGGCUGCUCCGGAGGGGAUGGGGGGGUCCCCGACCGACCCCCGCCAGACCCCCCCCGCCAGGGCCCCGCGGCGCUCAGCUUCUCCAGCUUGAAGACUUGGCCCUGAUCCACUGAGGAGCCACAUCAGAGAUGCUUCAGCCACUGCAGGAGCACUGAGUGCCCGAGGUGGGACCCUUCUCCCUGGCUGCAAGGCAGAGUCUCGUCAGUGAUCUCCUGGCACCUCUCUGAGCCUGUACAGAC